GAUGACAACGUGACAGCACUAUAAAAAAAGUAAAAAAUUAAUUGAAAAUUGAAAUUAGUCGUGUUUUUACAUCAUUUGUCAGUGCUUCAUGUAAAUUUUAAAAAUACAAAAAUACUAUAAAUAAAAAACUAAAGUUUAUCUUAGUGAGUGCUUGCAUAGUGCUUGUGAUACAAAUGAAAAUCUUUAUUCUACAUUGAAAAUCAAAAGUUGUUUAGUGAUCUCUGGAAAGUAUGGUUUGCGAUAAUUUGCAAAAAUGAAGAGUAAUUUCAAUAUUAAACCCAAAAGAAUAUCUAUAGGAAGAUAAAGAAAGUUAAGUAAAGAACGAUGGAUGAUGAGGAGGCCGACUUAAGGGAGCAAAUAUUUCACAACAAUGUUCGAGAGCAGAUCAUAUUCCUGCUUUUGUUUAUACUACUGUACCUCUUCUCGUUCAUGUUAAUCGAGAAGUUUCGUCGGCGGGACAGUGAAGAUUACUUCAGCGUCGAUGAAGACGAAGUGAAGGUGUACAGGAUAAGUCUAUGGCUAUGCACGUUCGCUCUGGCCGUGUCCGUGGGUUCGGCACUGUUGCUGCCCGUGUCAAUAGUCAGCAAUGAAGUGCUCAUAUUGUACCCAAAUAGCUACUAUGUCAAGUGGUUGAACAGCUCUCUUAUACAAGGUUUAUGGAAUCAUGUGUUUCUAUUCUCAAACCUCUCGCUGUUUGUGUUCCUGCCAUUUGCAUAUCUAUUCUCGGAGUCCACUGGGUUUCCUGGCUGCAGAGGUUUGAAGGGACGAGUAUAUGAGACCUUCAUUGUGCUGGCUCUUCUUGGAGUGGUCAUGCUUGGUCUUGCUUAUGUCAUCUCUGCAUGGUUAGAAGGGGACAGAUCUAGCCUUGAUGCUUUGUUAAAUUUAUGGACAUAUCUCCCGUUCCUGUACUCCUGUGUAUCUUUCGUCGGAGUUCUGAUGCUGCUUGUGUUCACACCGCUUGGCUUCGUGAGACUUUUCGGCGUGGUGGGCGGUGUUCUGGUCAAACCGCAGUUCUUGAGGGAUCUCAAUGAGGAAUAUUAUGUCUACUCGUUUGAAGAGGACACCAUCAGGCGGCGUAUCAACACUUCGCUGGCUACAGGUGUUGGCUACAUAUCACCGGAGCCGAUGUAUCCGGACCGAGGGGACAUAUCCGCGUCGAUCAACCCCAACGUGUCCAUUACAAAGGACAUUCGGAGUUCUUCGGCGAUCGAGGGGAAGACGCCAUUACUGAGGCUGAGGAACGGGGCUCUGCAGGCUGGUCUUAAUGAGAGGCUGCAGAAGAUUGUUGCUAUGAGAAAGGAGGUGGAAAACCAACGCAAGACGUCGUCUCUGCAACGGAACGUGGUGUACCCUCUAGCGAUGCUGCUGCUGUUGGCGCUCACCACCAUCACUGUGCUUAUGGUGCUGCAGAAUAUGCUGGAACUGCUCAUAGGGAUCAAGGCGCUGCCGUUGAGCACGAGGCAAUUCACACUAGGCAUCGCAUCGCUGUCUAAACUGGGUUGGGCGGGGGCGACGCUGGAGGCUUUCCUCAUCCUGUACUUGCACGCGGCUUCGCUCACGGGGCUCGCCACGCCCUUGCGCGCGCUGCGCCUGCUGCCUCGCGCGAGGCGGACCCCGCUCGCGAGGAUCAUUGCGCUGUGUGCGGUGCUGCUCGCGCACUCCACUGCGCAACCGCUGCUCGUUAAGAUAUUAGGUAUAACAAAUUUCGAUCUGCUGGGCGAGUUCGGGCGCAUCGAGUGGCUCGGCAACUUCAAGCUGGUGCUGCUGUACAACGCCAUCUUCGCGGCCACCGUGACGCUGUGCCUGGCGCGCAAGUUCACGGCCAGCGUGCGCCGCGAGCUCUACAACAGGUUGGUGGAGAACAUCAACACGCUCGCGCACACUGUGUCCUUCCUCAACUACUGACUCCUUCGUGUCGUCCAUGUACCUAUAGACCGAGUGGCCGCUCGCUGUACAGAACUUUUCAUUAUCUUCAUCUUCUAUAUAUAAAAAGGAAAACCUGACUGACUGACUGAUCUAUGAACGCGCAGCUUUUAGCAUUUUAAUUGGUAGAUUGAAAUUUCACUAAUUUGUUAGUUUUGAUCUAUAUUUUAAUUCCACAACAUCAUGAAACUUCUCUAGCGAAGGCGACUGAAUCGAUAAGGAGACCGAGAAGGUUUGUGACAGAGUUAUUACAAUACAGUGAACGUCUGGCACAAAAAUUGAUAUCCCCUUCUGAUUCGCUUGGUCUAUCGGCACAAUUGCUGCAAAUACUGCAAAAGUCAAGUCUCACAAUAUAUAAAAUAGGUACAGUUCAUAAAUAUGUAAUGAUUUACUGUGGCAUAAAUAUUUACCUACUUGUAAAAAUAUUAUUUAGUUGUUAAUGUAGUUUGCCAUGAUUGUUAUCACAAUGUUUUAUGUACGAACCAAACUGCCUUACCCUGUCUGUGUAAGAUACUAUUUUACUCCAAUUAUUAUUAUUAUUACUAAAUAUGUCCUCUGUUCUAAUUAUUUAAUGAACAAU